GUGGCCUCCGCGUUAGCGCCGCUCUCCGAGCACACGCCCUUUCCCCGUGCAGCCCUGCACGGCUCCGCGCCGCGCCCAGGUGCCAGGGUCGCGCUGGUGCUGUCUGGAUGCGGAGUCUACGACGGGACCGAGAUCCACGAGGCCUCUGCAAUACUGGUGCACCUGAGCCGUGGAGGGGCUGAAGUCCAGAUCUUUGCCCCGGACAUCCCUCAGAUGCACGUGAUUGACCACACCAAGGGGCAGCCUUCUGAAAGUGAAACGAGAAACGUCUUGACUGAGUCGGCAAGGAUUGCCCGUGGCAAGAUUGCGGCCCUGGCCGCACUCAGCGCAGCCAACCACGAUGCUGCCAUCUUCCCCGGAGGCUUUGGAGCUGCCAAAAACCUGAGCACGUUUGCCGUAGAUGGGAAAGACUGCAAAGUCAAUAAAGAUGUUGAGCGUGUCCUGAAGGAGUUCCACAGUGCUGGGAAGCCCAUUGGCUUAUGCUGCAUCGCACCCGUCCUCGCUGCCAAAGUGCUCAAAGGCAUUGAGGUCACUGUGGGCCAUGAGCAGGAGGAAGGUGGCAAGUGGCCGUAUGCUGGCACGGCUGAGGCCAUCAAGGCCCUGGGCGCCAAGCACUGUGUAAAGGGCGUGGCCGAAGCUCAUGUCGACAAGAAAAACAAGGUGGUCACAACCCCAGCCUUCAUGUGCGAGACAGAAAUCCACCACAUCCACGAUGGGAUCGGGGCCAUGGUACUGAAGGUGCUGGAACUCGCCAGGAAAUGAUGCCGACGGGAGGAACACCGCUUUUCCCCCUGGCAUGGAAUUGGCGGCCUGUUUUCCGUCCAGCUCAGAGUAUAGCAGGAAUUUAUUUUUCUGUUUAAAUAUGUAGGUUUUCUCUACCUAAGGGGGGAGCUCUGUGAUGUUGGAGGGGGGUCAGACAUUUCAUCCUUGGCUUGCUUAGCUUCCGUCACACAGAGAGGGAGGCACAGGCACAGUCCACACACUGUGGGGCAGUGCACCAUUCAUCCUCUGCCUCAAGGGAGCAGCAGUACCUUACCUCUCCUGUAUGUGCCAGAGGUUAAAGGCUGAGCCAGCUUUUUCAGCAAUGGAAUCAGGUAGAGAAAUGCUGUUGUACAGUCUUAGAUGCAGCUUAAUGGUUUAGGAUACUUAAUUUUUGAGAGAAAAAAAUCUUAAGUUUACAAAUCUAUUAGGAAAUCAGAAAUACCAUGUUUAUUGAUAGUUAAAGAUCCUCUAGUCUGAAGUAAAUAUGUGCUAAUUGAAAUAGGGGCAUUUCUACAGCAGGCAGUCCCUUUAGCCAUGGAAAAUAAACUCCUUUCCAAGAUGGAAAUUCCUGACAGCUACAUUUCAGGCCUUUAGAAACGUAAAUGAGAGGAAUGUAAUUGAGGUUUCUUAGUUAAUCUCAGUUCUCUUAAUUAAGGGGAAAUGGCAGAUACUCUAUGGUUGACCUGCUGGACAGCAGUUGUAGAGUUGAUCCCAAGCUGUGGGGUUCUCAGGGAGCAGUAGGUCACAGGUGUGCAGAGAAGGGAGAAUAAAGUAUACCGACCUUUGCUGGCAUUCA